AUGAAAUUCAAAAUUUCUAACAUUGGAAUAUGCAUUAAGACCCAUGUAGGGAAGAUUUGGACGAUAAGAACCAGGCAGGAGAGGCUUUUAAAAAAAACUGGAGUAGGAUUUGGAGGAAGUGACAUUUUUGAGAAAUCAAGUGAAGCCAAUGAUACCGUAGGUGGAGGUGGUGCCGGUUUGUUGGCAGUGCUAGCAUUCGCGUUAGAUGGAAACAAACUGGAUGAGUUGUCACCGAAGAAUGACGUUGAUGAAAGUGAGGUUGCAGGUGAAGUUGGCUGGCAAGACUCAACUGAGAAUGGAGGCACGAAAUUGUCGUUGAAUAAGCUAUCGUAUGCCGUCUGGUUGUUGCUGGAAGAGUUGUUGUUUGCAACAUUUGAACCGAAAUCUAUGAUGUCUGCAAACAUUAACAAUCUAUUAACGCGAUUCUUCAAUCUUCCAAGCAUUAGAAAAUAA